AUCAAAAUAGAAAAAAUUAGGCGCGGAGGCAGACAAGGAAGAGGAUUCACAGUCCUUACCGAAUUCAGUCGACGUGCAUUGACUCCUCGGCGUGAACGACACGAGAGAGAGAGAUCACCGUCGCACCAUCUCUCACGAUUACCUCGAGAAAGCCAGCAAGAGACAGAGAGUUGUCCAGGUGGAAGACGUUCGCAGACAGGCAAGAAGAGACUUGUAAGGAUGGCAUCGUCCAUGGUGGCUGUCCCCUCUGGCACGGCGUCAGUCCCAGCUGGAACUGGUAUCGCUCAGAACGAGGACGUGGAAAACGGGAACGUGUUCAGCGAGCGGAACAUAAACGCCGUCACCAGUUGCAGCGAGACCUCGAACUCUGGCAAUGCUCUGGAGGAGAUCAACUGUGGCUCUGGGGAGUCUGGCGAUCAGGAAUGCGCCAUCUGCAUGAGCAAACUCUGUUCACCGCGAGUGCUCUCCUGUCUCCAUGUGUUUUGUGAGGCGUGCCUAGACAAGCUUCUGAUGGACGAGGCGGGCGAUUCGAAGGUUAGCUCUGUACUGGUCUGCCCGCUCUGUCAACAAGAAACUUCCAUUAGUUCUAAGGGUGCCGCGUCGUUGACGUGCGAUUAUGUUUUGACAAACAUACUUGACAUGUCUGCGAUCGAGAACAUGGCUGUACUUUGUACCUCGUGUAAAGCCAAAGAGAGCGCGGUUGCGCGCUGCUCGGACUGUGCCAACUUCUUGUGUCCGAAUUGCAAUACCGCGCACCAGUUCAUGCGUUGUUUCGAGAGCCACAAGGUCGUGGCCUUCGAAGAUUUGAAGCAAUCCAACGAAGCUAUACCAAUACAUAAACCUAUUUUUUGCGAGUAUCAUCCUGCUGAGAAUAUGAAGUUUUAUUGCUAUACUUGCCAGGAACCUAUAUGCAACGAGUGUUUGCUUAUUGAACACAAAGCUCCAGAGCAUCAGUAUGAACGGCUAAUGGAUGCCGAACCACGUCAGAAAGAAGAAUUAAUAAAACUGAUGAACGAGAGCAAAGCAAGAAUUGCAGAUUGCGAUCAAGUGUCUGCACAAUUAGAGAAUGCGCUUAGUGAAUUGCAAGCACAACAUGAUCAAGCUAAAGAUUUAAUUGUAGAAACGUUUCAGAGUUAUAAAGCUGUCUUAGAAAAAUGUCGAGACAAUGCCUUGGUUGAGCUUGAAAAGUUACAUUCGGAUAGGGAAUUAGAAAUAAUGGAUACAUUUCACAGCGUUGAGAAAACGGUGGAGAAGAUAGAAGAUGCUUGUCGUUUUACCUCCAGACUUCUUGAGCAUGGUGAUGCUGUGGAAAUCCUCGCGCUUCGUCGUAUCGUAGGAACACAGUUGAUGCACUUAAUAAAAAACACGCCAAAGCCAAAUGUUUCGUUUUCUAUUCAAUUUCAAACAGACUAUCACCAGUUUGAAAAAGCAUUAAAGGAAAUAUUUGGUAAAUUUCAUACUGAGAGUACACCGGUAAUAAAAUCCACAGCAGAACCAAUUACAACUAUGCCAGGAGUAUCCAUAAAUCAACAAGUUGUACAUACCUCAAUGGGCUGUCCUCGUUCUAUUAAUACAAGGUCUCCUAUCUCUCUUCCCACAUCAAUGCAAUCCUCCUUUGAAGGUGACCCAUCGUUUGUUAUACCUCCAACAUCAAGCCCUCAAAAUAUUCCACCUCCACCACCUUCUGUGUCCCUCCCUCCAGGUCCCAUUCAUGGACUCACCAGUAUUCAAGAGUACAAUCUGCAGCAGUUGGCCAGUUUGGCAGAGAAAGUCGAAAUGGUCGGAGAUACGAAUGUGGUUGGGCCCAGUUCGAAUCCCAGCCCAACGCCACCUUUCACUUUAGCAGAUUUAUUUGCCGGCGAUCUAAGUUCUACCAGCCAUGCGAUCAACAAUUUGCAAGCUCUGGCAAAAUUAGGAAAUACACUUGGUAAUCAAGAUCUUGGCAAUCCCACUAUUAACGGCGGUAGCGGUCUGGUAUUAGGAAGAGGUCCUUCACCAGCCAUUGUCGACACACCUAACUUGAGUCUAGCUGCCAAUAGUCUUUUAAACGGAGGAUUUCAAUCGUUAUCCUCGUCCACUUCGCCGAUACUUUCACAGGGCGCUGACGAUUUAAGAGCAGAUUCCAUGCAUAACAUGCCCGUGGUAGUAGGAAACACGGUCGGCAAUGUAACUGGUUCUGGUUCUGGAAAUUAUGCUCAUCCACGUUCGAAUAAUACGAAAUUAACUCCCAUGCAAAUCAGGUGUAAAUUUGGGCAGUUAGGUCCGAGUAAAGGUCAAUUCAGCUCACCCCACGGAUUUUGUUUGAGCGCCGAUGAAGAUAUUAUCGUUGCCGAUACGAAUAAUCACAGGAUUCAGAUAUUUGAAAAGACUGGCGUAUUCAAAUUCCAAUUUGGCGUACCUGGCAAGGAGGAAGGGCAAUUAUGGUAUCCUAGGAAGGUUGCUGUGAUGAGGAACAGUGGGAAAUUCGUUGUUUGCGAUCGAGGAAAUGAACGAUCGAGGAUGCAAAUAUUUACAAAAAGUGGCCACUUUAUCAAGAAAAUAGCAAUUCGUUACAUCGAUAUUGUAGCUGGCCUAGCUGUAACUAGCGAAGGCCACAUUUUGGCUGUUGAUAGUGUAUCACCGACGGUGUUUGUAAUUAGCGAUACAGGAGAUCUGUUGAGGUGGUUCGAUUGCAGUGAAUAUAUGAGAGAACCAAGUGAUAUUGCAAUAAGUGGUAAAGAAUAUUUUGUCUGUGACUUUAAGGGACACUGUGUUGUGGUAUUUAACGAGGAGGGAAAGUUUUUGCGUCGCAUUGGCUGUGACAAUGUAACAAAUUUUCCAAAUGGGAUCGAUAUUAGCGAUGCAGGAGAUAUAUUAAUUGGAGACUCGCAUGGCAAUCGUUUCCAUGUGGCUGUUUUUUCAAGAGAUGGUUCCUUGAUUUCCGAAUUCGAAUGUCCAUAUGUUAAGGUAUCUCGAUGUUGUGGCUUGAAAAUAACCUCAGAAGGAUAUAUCGUAACUCUGGCUAAAAAUAAUCAUCACGUUCUCGUGUUGAAUACUCUUUACAUAUCAUGAAGCGAAGAGGCAGACCAAAUAAGUGUGUCGUAACUUUCUUCAGCGAGUGGAAUUUUCUUGGCGAAUGUCGCUCUACUCUCAAUGAAGAACGAAUCGAUAAAAAAUGAAAAAAAAAAA